CCCCCCCCACUUCCCCCGUCUCUGCCCUUUGCCCCCAGCUGGAACCAGGCGUCUCUGCCGCCCCGGCAGCUCCCGGCGGGUCCCACAGCAGUGACGGGCGAUGGGGCGAAUCCCCCACAGACCGGGCGGCCCUUGGACGGGGAUUCUCCUAGCAGCCUCCGUCCUGGGCUCCUGCCUCCAGCCGGCGCCGGCCCAGACCCCAGUGACCAUCACCCCGCCGAGCCCCGUGGUGGGAGGGGACGUCAGCCUGGCCCCGCAGCCACCGCCACAGGACUUCACGUCCUGCUUUUGGUACCGAUCAGCGACCGUGACUGAUCCAAACAGCCUGAUCCUCACCUACUUCCAAUAUCCAAACCCUGUUCAGAACAACGGCCCGGCCCACACGGGGCGAGAGACAGUGGGGCCGGGCUGCGCCCUGAACAUCACGGGGUUAACGCUCAAUGACACCGGGAACUACACGGUGCAGAUACAGAUCCCUACCGCUGCUAACCCCAUUCUCUCCACGGUGGUUCUGCGCGUCUCUGAAAAGUUUGCCAAGCCCACGGUGACGCCCGGCCAAACCCAGGUGCCUGAGAAUGGGACCCUCACCCUCACGUGCAACACUUCCCCCCACGCCGACACCGUGCUCUGGCUCCAGAACGGGUCGUACCUCACACCCAACACGCGGCUGGAGCUGUCCUCGGAGAACCGGACCCUCACGGUGCUGAAUUUCACCUGGGGCGACACCGGGACCUACCAGUGCGAGGUCGGGAACCCCGUCAGCACCGAACGCAGCGAGCCCAGCACCGUGACACUGGCCUAUGGGCCAGAAUCCGCCAGGAUAGACCCUCCAGGGCCCGUCAACCUGACUCUUGGGUCCCGUCUGACCCUGACGUGCGUCGCCGUCUCUGUCCCAGCCCCGAGCUAUUCCUGGUUUCUCAACGGCACCAAAUUACCCCAGACCGGGAGCAGCUUCACCUUUGAUCUGACAACAUUAAAUCUGGGCACGUACAAGUGCCAGGCUCACAACCCUGUCACUGGCCUCACGGCUAGCGCGGAGAUCGAGGUGCUGGGCUCUCCUCCAGACGCCCCUCGUCCAGGUGCCCAUUCAAGUCUCUCUACUGGGGCCGUCGCUGGGAUCGUCAUCGGGUCACUGGCGGGGGCGGCGCUGGUCGGAGUUGGGGUCUAUUUCCUCUACUCUCGCUGCCGGAACAAGACCCCUAGGGAGAACGAGGCACCCGUCCUGGUGUACGAAAACCUGCCCCCGACAGCCUGGGCGGGGCCAGUGGCCCAGCCCGGGAGCCCCCCUGACCUCAGCCCCACGUACCAGACGCUGCAGCCCCGACAGCCGGACGUGUACGAGGAGCUGAAGAAGUGACACCCCCUCCUGCUCCCAGUGCAUGGCACAGGGCACUGAGGGGUUCAUGGGGCCCCGGCUCUGAUGUCUCCAGACCGGCCCCCAAAGGGGCUCGGGAGGUCCCUGCCAAGAGCCGGCAGCACUGGGCGCGGUGACUGUGGUGAGCCGUGUGCCGGGGGCAUGGCCGGAGCUGUGUCUGACCUGGGUCCCAGGGGCUGGUUCCAGCCGGGCAGCGGGAGGCGCCAGGCCCGUCCCUGGCAGACAGGAGGCACCGGGCCAUUCUCUCUGUGCCCGGCUCCGGGGGCGCUGGGUGGUGCCGAGCUCGCCAGGCAGCUGGUUCCACCCGGAGCCAGGCCCCAGCAGCAUCUGCACCAGCCCCGGGGAAGCAGCUGGCAGGGAAAAGCGCCCAGUGCCAGGUGUUUCUGAGGCCAGACGCUGGCUUGGGGGGAGGUAUCGCGGGGGCGCACCCAGGGUCCUGCCCCGAGGGGAGCAGCUGCCAGCGGGUUUGUCUCCUGCAGGGAGCGUUGGAGCCCAACCGGCUGGGAGCCGGGGGGAGCCGGACGCUGGCGGGAGCUGAACCCCGCAGGAGCUGCCAGGGGCGGGUUCGGGACGUCGGGGCGCUGGGAAGUGCGUUCCCAGUUUAUUCUCCAUCUCACCCAUUGUCCCGUUAACUCCAGCGGCUCCUUCUCCCAGCUCUGGGCAAUAAACUCAGCCUGGUUUUCUCUGUAACUCCUGGCCGGGCCGGGGCCGAGCGACGCUGAUUGGAGGUCACUGCUCAGCUGGGGGGUCGUGGACCUUUGGGGCAGUGGAGCUGGGAAUUUGGCCAAUGGGCAGUGCCUGGUGCUGAGGGUGGGGGACGAUCGCUGACCUGCCGAGGGCUGGGCGGGGGGGUUGCCCAUGGCGGGGGCGGGGGGGGGGCAGGGAUUUGACUCCUGGCAGGGCCAGACAAGGCUGCUUGUGCCGGGGCAGGAGUGCGAUGCUCUGUACCUCGGGGGAACACCCUGCACCCCCACGUUCAUCCUUAUAAAAUGAUUGUGUGGUGUCCAGUGCAAAGUUUACCAUGUUGGGUGUGUUUGGAAGGCUCCUGAUGCCCUGAGCAGUGUUGUUACAGGAAUGUUACAGGUUGUAAUUUCAUGUCUAUAGUGAUGAGGCUGAAAAUGUGUCCUCAUGGCUUAAACCAAGCCCAGGCAAAACUCUCCAGGAGCAGAGGGGCAGUUCACACCUCAUCAGGGCGUGCUCUUCCAC